AGCUCGGCCGCUGAUGUUGUUCUUCUCUUGAACUCUGACCUGAUGUGGCAGUAACUCAUGAGUGGUGUCGAGGACACACACACUCUGAAGUGUGUGUUAAAGGGAUGAGGAGUGCAGUGUGCUCCAGCAGAGAGAGAGAGAGAGAUCAGCAUGCGGGGCGUGCGGGACUUCUGGGAGAUUCCUCACACCGGGAGCAACGGAUGGAUAAACCUGAUGCGCUUCUGGAGAGAGGGACGAUUCAGCCUCCUUCACAAGCACAUGGAGGACAGCUUCAGACGCCUCGGGCCCAUUUACAGGGAGUAUCUGGGCUCUCAGAGCAGUGUGAACAUCAUGCUGCCGACGGACACCGGCGAGCUCUUCCGCUCCGAGGGCCUCCACCCGAGACGCAUGACCCUGCAGCCCUGGGCCACACACCGGGAGACUCGCAGACACAGCAAGGGCGUCUUUCUCAAGAACGGGACGGAGUGGCGGUCAGACAGGCUGCUGUUGAAUAAGGAGGUGAUGCUCUCCUCUGCUGUUCGCCGGUUUCUUCCUCUGCUGGACGACGUGGCUCAGGAUUUCUGCCGAUCCCUGCGCCGGCGGGUGGAGGUGGGGGGGGCGGGGGAGACGGGUCAGCGCAGGAUGACUCUUGACCCCAGUCCUGACCUCUUCCGCUUUGCCUUGGAAGCGAGCUGCCAUGUUCUGUACGGCGAGCGCAUGGGUCUGUUCUCGUCCUCUCCGUCUGAAGAGUCUGAGCGCUUCAUCUGGGCCGUGGAGCGAAUGCUGGCUACGACUCCGCCGCUGCUGUACCUGCCCCCCCGCCUGCUGCUGCACCUGCGCGCCCCCCUGUGGACGCAACACGCCACUGCAUGGGACCACAUCUUCUCUCACGCGGAGGCGCGCAUCCAGCGGGGGUAUCAGCGUCUGCAGACGGGUGCGUCCGGAGGCUCUGAGGGGCGUUUCCAGGGCGUGCUGGGGCAGCUGAUAGACGCGGGGCAGUUAUCAUUAGAGCUGAUCAGAGCCAACAUCACCGAACUGAUGGCCGGCGGAGUCGAUACGACCGCCGUCCCGCUGCAGUUUGCUCUCUUCGAGUUGGCGCGCAACCCUGAUGUGCAGGAGCGUGUGCGAGCGCAAGUGCUGUCGUCAUGGCAACAGGCAUCAGGAAACCCCCAGAAGGCCCUGCAGGGGGCGCCACUGCUGAAAGGAACCGUGAAGGAGACACUGAGGCUGUAUCCGGUGGGAAUCACCGUCCAGAGGUAUCCGGUUCGAGACAUUGUCCUCCAGAACUACCAUGUGCCGGCAGGGACGCUGGUGCAGGUGUGCCUGUAUCCUCUGGGCCGGAGUCACGAGGUGUUCGAGGGUCCGGAGCGCUUCGAGCCGGGCCGCUGGGCCGGAGCUGAGCCGGCUUCGGGAGGAGGCUUUCGCUCGCUGGCGUUCGGCUUCGGCUCCAGACAGUGUGUGGGUCGCAGGAUCGCGGAGAACGAGAUGCAGCUGCUGUUACUGCACAUUCUGAGGAACUUCAGACUGACUGUUUCAAACACAGAAGAUUUGAACACCAAAUACACACUCAUUCUGCAGCCCGAGUCUCCGCCCAGAAUCACCUUCACCACACUCUCACAUUAACACUCCACCCAUCCAUCCAUCCAUCCAUCCAUCCAUCCAUCCAUCCAUCCACCCACCCAUCCAUCCACCCAUCCAUCC